CGAUUUUAAAUAUUUCCACGUUCUUGGAAAUCAUGAAUAUAUGAAUUUUAACCGUACAUUUCUCCUUAAAAGUUUCUUAAAUUCAGCAAACGAUAAGGAUAGAUUGUAUUAUUCAUUUACGCCAUAUGGUGGAUUUCGAUUUAUUGCCCUGGAUAGUAUGGAAAUAUCAGUGUUGGGCCACACCAAUCUUACUGACCCAGGCUACAUUCAAGCAAAAGAUAUUUUGAAAAUUCAGAAUCCUAAUGGAGACUGGAAUUCUAUUGAUGGUAUGGAAGGUACGAAUACGAGGUUUGUUAAAGGGAAUGGCAUGUUGACGGAGACACAGCUAUCCUGGUUGAAUGAAACCCUGCAUACAGCCACUCAGAACAACGAGAUAGUAAUGAUAUUCAGUCAUCAUAUUAUCCACCCAGAUGCUGGAGACAAAAGGG